AUGGACGACUCAUCAUCCCAGCAGCCGUCCUCUCCCGAAGCCUCAAAUUCCCCUGAACAACCACCUUCAGAUUCUACCUCGACCUCCAUGGCUUCACGCACAGGCCCUGCGCCGCAAUCUCCCUCCAGACCUCCCUCGCUAGGUUCGCCAGGAAACAGCAUGGCACCCUCAAUGAACCCCUCCUCCGCCCCGCUGGGCCCUACCAACGCAGCCAGAAGACCGGGUCCGCUCCCCUCACGUGCAAGCGGGUUGAAUUCUGAUAUUCAGGCAAAGAUGAAGGCUUUCUCCUUAUCUCGGCAGGGUGCGCCUCCCGCAAAAGCACAAGCAGGCGCGUUUACCGGUCAACAGCAUGGUGCUUUCGUCGGUGGCGCUCUUGCAGGAGCUCCCACAUCGUCUCCCAACUCUUCUGCUGCCAACCUCCGACUACCCCCUGGUAUGCAACGGCCGAAUGCGCCAACGUUCGGCUCCUCGCCUUCUCCGGUCACGGGCAGUCCUCGAAUGAUGAGUCCUCACCCUUCCAUGGGCGGACUAGCAGCAAAACGAGGUCUGAAGCCAGGUGGCAUGAAAUUGUCAGAUGCGCAUAAGCCUGCCCCUGCUGGUCAGGAAGAGGAGGACAAGACGGACACCGGAUCUCAGUUUAACAAGUAUUCGAACAUCAUUGAUACGAAGAAAGGCACGUUGAAUUUCCAAAACAAGGCGGUCAUCCACGGAAGUGGUAUUGAUUUUGCUGGCGGUAGUACCUUUUCAAUUUCUCUGGAUGAGGUCGACACCCUAUCAGAGUUGGGUAAGGGCAACUAUGGCACCGUUUUCAAAGUGAGGCAUGCUCGACCCAAGAUGAGGCGCCCGGGUUUGGGGUUGCGAGGCAAUAUGGUUCGGCAUUCGUCAGCGUCGAUCCCCAAGGUUGACGAAGAGACAGACUCGCAAUUGGAUACGAAAGGGACAAGCGGGCUUGUCAUGGCCAUGAAAGAGAUCCGCCUCGAGCUAGAGGACUCCAAGUUUGCUGCCAUCAUUAUGGAGUUGGACAUUCUCCACCGAUGUGUAUCGCCUUUCAUUAUCGAUUUCUACGGCGCAUUUUUCCAAGAAGGUUCGGUUUACAUCUGCAUUGAAUACAUGGACGGCGGCUCGGUGGACAAGUUAUAUGGGGAUGGAGUCCCCGAAGAAGUGCUCAAGAAAAUGACGUUGUCGACGGUCAUGGGGCUCAAAUGUUUAAAGGACGAACACAAUAUCAUCCAUCGCGAUGUCAAACCAACGAAUAUUCUGGUAAACUCGCGUGGUCAGGUCAAGAUCUGCGAUUUCGGCGUCAGUGGCAAUCUAGUGGCUUCAAUAGCCAAAACGAACAUUGGGUGCCAGAGCUAUAUGGCGCCAGAACGCAUAUCAGGAGGUGGUAUGGCCCAAGUUGGUGCUGGCGGUGGCACCUAUAGCGUUCAGUCCGACAUUUGGUCGCUCGGUCUCACCAUCAUCGAAUGUGCACUUGGCCGAUACCCCUACCCCCCUGAAACUUACGACAACAUAUUCAGCCAGCUUAGUGCCAUUGUGGAUGGUGAUCCUCCAGAUCUUCCGGCUGAUCAAUUCUCGGAAGCGGCCAUUGAUUUCGUACGAGGAUGCCUGAAUAAAAUCCCCAGGCUCAGACCAACCUACGCCAUGCUCCUUCGACAUGCUUGGCUUGCACCACUUCUGAAGCCACCCACGAUUUCCGAGGACGAAGAGGGUGAACAAGCAGCCGAGGCCGGCAUUGAAUCAGCCUUCUCAAGUAGUGCGGCCCCAGACACUGCCGACAGGGAGGUAGCAGAAUGGGUGAAGAGCGCACUUGAGAAGAAGAAAGCGGGCAAGUUGGCGUCGCACAAGAAGCCUGCGCUACAUGAAGCGCCGCUAGACGCAGUCCCCGGUAGUCCCCUGGUUGCCCCCGACGGGACCAUGCCACUGGCCGGGGAUCCCAUGGUAACUGAUAUCAAGGCAAACCUUGGAGUCAAGGUAGAUUCACGGGACUUGUUGGCGGCAAAAGUGCAGGGCCUGGAUUUUGCUUCAUAA